UCUGUAUUUGAAGUUAUAGCAUUUUGCAAUUCAUAUACAUGUAGGUUCAUAUUUUUAAAUGAUCGAAUUUUGCAAUCCGAACAUAACGGCAAUUAUUCUGUUUUGUGCAAGUAUACUUUGAACACCGCUUAUACGAAUUAAAUAAUUGAUUGUUGAACGUUUUGGAUAUUUUUCAAUUUCGACUGUGAAAGCAAGAUGGGUAAAAGAACGUUAGCUGUGCACAUUGAUAAUCUUAAACAAGUAUACUUUCCGGGAGACCAGGUCUCGGGCAGGGUCGUGCUGGAAAUUAGCGAAGAACUUAAAGUCAGAAAAAUCGAGCUUUUGUUUCACGGGUUCGCGGAUGUCCAUUGGACAGAGAGGCGGCAAACUAAGAACGGCUCACAUACCGUUCACUACCGCAACCAUGAGGACUACUUUGUACAGCACUUCCCGCUCUUCGGAAAAGAUCAGACGGGCGAGGACAAGACUGUGAUGGCCCCAAACGUGUACACGUUCCCCUUCACGGCCGUCAUCCCCUACAACAUUCCGUCCUCGUAUGAGGCCCAUAUUGGCCAGGUCCGGUACAUGUUCAAGGCUAACGUCGAUCGGCCCUGGGCAUUUGACAUGCACGCCAAACACAUGAUCACCGUCAUGGACGCAUUGGACCUCAACACCAUACCCAAUCUCGAGAGUCGGGCAGAGAAGACUGAUCAAAAGGUUUUGUGUUGCCUUUGCUGCGCCUCGGACCCAAUCUCCGCGCAUGUACGGGUGGAGCGGCAGGGCUACGUGGCCGGGGAGGAGGUCCAGUUCUGGGCGGAAAUCAACAACCAGAGCAACCGCACUAUGACAUGUUCCAAGGGUUCUCUACUAAUGUCGGUUUCAUAUCACGCGCGGUCAAAAACACGCACGGUGGGUAACGUUCUUGGUGAGUUACGUCACGGUGCAAUCGAGGGAGGCGGAACCGACGCCUUCGUUGGGGAACGGCUCCACAUCCCAGCUGUGCCGCCAUCCUUCCUGAGAGGAUGCAGGAUCAUCGACAUCAGAUAUUUUGUCAAUGUCACAGUGGAUCCUUCCGGGUUAGGGUUUGAUCUACAUGUUCCUGUGGAGAUAGUGAUUGGUUCCAUCCCAUUGCGCAACAUCGCUCAACAACAUGGCUUCGCUCUUCCACCAGCGCAGCAACCAAUCCAGGAUCUACAGCCACGACCGGAAAUGCCACCGCCUUAUGUUGGAGCUCCUAAAGGACUGUACUCGGACACGGUCAUGCCGUCAGCCGUUCCCAAUACGGUGUUCACGCAGAGCGCCCUUGGAGCCGUGAGUACUGCCGAGGAGGGAGACAACGAACACACGUACGGCAAUACAAACUACGCCCCCGUCUACACGUACUAUAACUGGAGCACGCAUGAUACCAACCGACAGGGACAGCUUCAGAUUGAGGGACAACAUUUAUAAUUGAGGUGAAGGAACUCGUACAGAACAGUACCAAUGAGAGACAGCUUACGUCUGGAGAUACAACAUUCGGUGCUUGGCUCUUAAGUGUUGCAAUGUAUGUGAAGUUUGGAUUUAUAAAAUUGAUUGCAAGAAAAGGUUUAAUAUUUAAACAAAGAUCAACUGUAUAUUAAAACUAAAAUUGCGUUGGUUAAUUGCUGACAUCUUACCGACACAUGUAUUCUUAUUAAUACUAUACGCAUUGCAAACCAUUUUCCUGCUGGCAGGGAAAGUAUGUUUGAAAUGUAUUUUACCUAACUGUGAUACGUUUUCGUUACAAAUUCUAAGUGUGCCUUUUCUUUAUGUAUCAUAAUAAUAACAACAUAUUUUAUAUGUAAUUAUUAUGAUUAAUGUGCUCUAUAAUAUACACGAUACCUUCUGUAUUAGAGGAAAAUAUAUAAGUUUACCCUUUUUUAGAGUAGGAGUUUCGUUUCUUACUUUAUUGAAACUGUAUCUUUGGUUUUGUUUCGAUAAGCCUUUUCCAGUUGUUAUGGCAUUUAGAAGGAAUUAAGCUAUGAUAUUUUGUUUAGCUUUAGCAAUCAAUGCCCUAAUUUACUUACACCAUUUAGAAAAAGAUUUUUAGACAGUUUUCACAAGUUUUGGUAGAAAAAGUGGCCAGAAGGCAGUGUUGUUCUAUAAACACUUGGCAUAGAAACCUAGGGGUUGAAUUGAAAUUAAAUAAAAAAAUAAUGAAUGUG